UAUGUAGUAAGUAAUUUCACAUAAUACUUGAACACAGUUUAAUUUACUAAAUAACAAAUCAUGAAUUAAAAUUAUCUGAAUUGAUUUGACAUUUGUUCUGCUGGUUUUCUCUGAGCUUCCUGAAUCUGGUUUGGUGUCUCAUUAGUGUUAACUGUGUUCUUAUUUCAUUGUGUGAGUCUGGGGGAUUGAACUUCAGUCUUGGUGACAAGCACCUUCUCCUUCUGAGCUUGUCUUAUGCUCAGGACUGUGCUUUUGAUCUGUGGAAUUUGUUUUUGACUCUUCGUUAGGACUUUGAUUAAUUUACUUGCAUUACUUAGCUGUUAUGUGUCGUCUCCUCCCCCCUCGAUUUAAAGCCUAUUGGUUAUUAAUUUCAGUUGUUUUGAAUUCCUUAUCUGGUGAUCCCAUCUUUUAAAACCAUGUUUUUCCUCUUAGAGUGCCUUGUAAGCUUUUUAAUUUAAAGCUGGAUAUGAUGUGCUGUGUAAAAUGAACUCUAAUAAAAUGUUUAAUAAGAUGUCAGACAUUUAAUAAAAUGAUACCGCACGGUCUGGUGGUUAGGUCUGUCUUGUAGUGUUCUGUGACUUGGGGAUUCAGGACAGGGAGAGGGUUGGGUCUUCCCUUUCUCCAAGCUGGAAAGGGGGAGUAGACUGGAGCUCGGUGAUCUUUAGUUUACAGUUAACUUCACUGGACCAAAAACGAAAGCUAGGUGACUUCUCAGCAGUAAUAUUCCUGCUAACCUUUGCCUGUUCUUAUUUGACCUAUUAUGCACUUUUAAAUACUUGGUUGUCUUGAUUGUACUCACCCUACAUUUAUUGUUUCAUUCUCCUUUGGGAGCUAAUCCUCUCCUCUAUUGUAAACUUUAUGAGGGUAGAAUUUUUAUUUGUCAUGCUCACUGCAUCUUUCUAGUAUUUAAGAUAGUGUCAGACAUGUUUACCUAUGAAAGUUUAAAUGAAUUGUUGUUUUUCAGAUUGAGUACAUAGUAGGUGGAGAUGAAGGUUCUAGCUUCUUUCUACCCAAUGCAGAUUUAUGGCUCAGGGAUUAUUUUCUUGUUUUCUGCCUUUAAGAAAGCAAACUGAUUUAUUUCCAUAACUUUGCAUUUUAAUUUUAUUUUUUAAAACUAGUUUUCUAGCUGUAGUUUGUAAGUAUUCAAUAUGAAAAAGAUGUGUAGUGUGGCUGGUUGUUAUAUUCUCAAUAAAAACAGAUUGCUUGAUUUGUAGCCCAGUUUCUUACUGCCUUUCUAGAGUUGACUUCCAAAGCACAGGAUAAGCAUUUGAGUUCUAUGAAAUAAUUGCAAUUAUAUUGAACUAUAAAAUAUUAUCUUUAGGUGAAUUUACAGAAUUAUUCACUAUUGUGUGCUUUUAAAAUUAACAUUUUUAUGUUUUUCCUUAAUCCAAUUAUCUAUUUUGUGUGUUGAUGAAGUAUAUUCAACUAAGAAUAAAUUAACUGAAACCCGCAUAAUGAUGGGGUCAUCAUUCAGAAUUAGCAUGAGUGACUUCAAACUCAGUGAUUUUUAGUAAUAUGCACAUUUAAGUUUUUCACUGUCAAACCUAUACGUUUUGACUAUUAUGUCUCAAAGGCACCUAAACUACUGUUUCAAAUACUAAUUUUUCGAUUGGGUCUGGUGAUACAUACUUUUAAUCCUAGAACUUAGAUGGCAGAAGUAGGCAUCUCUCUCUCUGUAAGCUUGAUCUACUUACAGAGUUCCAGGCCAGCCAGAACCACAUAGGGAGACUGUAUCUGAAAAACCAAAAAUAAACCCAAAUCAAAAGAUUGUUGUAUUCGUACUUGCUUAAUUUCUGGAAAAUUCAUUUCACCAAAUUGAUAAUUUUUCUUAGAUGGUGUCAUAUCUUAAAAAAAUCUCUAAGUAAUAAAAUGUUUCAAAAUUUUUCUUCCUCUUUUCCCUCCUAAAUGUUGUAAGGGUUUUAGCUUUUACAUGUAGGCCUGUGACUCAUUUUGAUGGAUCCCACCAUUUUUAUAUAGUAUGAGAUAUGUGUUAAGAUUCACUUUUAUCUCUACACCGAAUUGCUCCACUCCCCAAAUAGUGUGCGUGUAGCAGCAUAUUUCUGGUCUCUUUUCUUUCCAUUUUUCUCUAUCUCAUUCUUGGCUAGUAACAGCAUUAUCCUUAUCCCAACGUCAGGAUGUAGCGUGAGUCCUUCAAGUUCUUAUUCAGAAUUAUUUUGGCUAUUUUGCAUCUUCUGCCUGUAAGUCACUUGAGUUAGCCUGUCGGUGUCGACAGAAAGCCUUAGGGGCUGUGCUUGUGAUUGUUUGCUCUCACAAGUAAGGUUGAGUGGAGCAAGAUGGCACCAACAUUAAGCAGUUUCUCCCCAUGAGUGCAGUAUAUUGUUGCAUUUAUGUAAUGAUAGUAUCAUCAUAACAAUAUCAUCUGGAUAUUCUUUGUGAUUUAUAUUUUCAGUGUAUGGAACAUGCACAUUUUGUCCAGUUUGUUUUACUGUUACUGGAAGUGGAGCCCGAGCCUGUGUAUAUCAGUCUUUACCGUGGAGCUAAUCUUGGCUUCCAGUAAUUAUCCCUAGGAUUCGCCAUGACCCCAGCUCUGAAGGAGGCAACAACAAAGGGUAUCUGCUUUUCAUCUCUGCCAAGUGCCAUGGAAUCUGACAAGAUGCUGUGCAUGGAAAGCCCGAGAACUGCGGAUGAAAAGCUCACGGGAGGAGACGCUUUCUCUCAGAUGCUGGGAUUUCCGGCUCCUGAACCUAGUCUAAAUACUAAUUUUGUCAAUUUAAAACAUUUUGCCUCUCCUCAGGCUUCAAAACAUUUUCAGACAGUUCUCUUAAUGAGUUCUAAUUCAACACUAAAUAAGUAUAAUGAGAAUUAUAGCCAAAAGAAAGUAAUGGAGGCCAACUGCUGUAAGCUGAAAAACGUACUGUGUAAUGGCAGCAGCAUUCAGCUCAGUAAGCUCUGCCACUCUCAUUCUGAGAAUGAGUUCAUCAAAAAGGAACUCUCGGAUGGCACAAGCCAUUGCAUGAAAGAUAUACAGAUCGUUCUGGAUUCCAGUCUCACCAAAGACGCUAAUGUAGAUAAAAUACAUCUGCAAAACUGUAAAUGGUACCAAAAGAAUGUACUUUUGGAUAAAUUCACUGACACUAAGAUUAAAAAAGGCUUAUUGCAAUGUACUCAAAAGAAAAUUGGACCUAAUCACUCAGAAAUGCCUAUUAGUUCCUCAGCUGCUGAAAAAGAGGAGGAGGUGAAUGCUCGUUUGCUUCAUUGUGUGAGUAAACAGAAAAUCUUACUCAGCCAGGCUAGACGAACUCAGAAGCACUUGCAGAUGCUCCUGGCAAAGCAUGUUGUGAAGCACUAUGGUCAACAGAUGAAAUUUUCCAUGAAGCACCCACUGCCCUCAAUGAAGAUCUUCCAUGAACCCACCACAGUUUUGGGUAAUAGUUUACUUGAACACACUGAAAUUAAGCCAGAAGUCGACAUAUUGGCUUCGGAGAAUAAGUUUUUGAAUGUUACAAACAAUGGCUUUGCUCAUUGUACAGCUGCAGAAAUCCAAAGAUUUGCCCUGUCUGCUACAGGGCUGUUGUCUCAUGUUGAAGAGGGUCUGGAUUCUGAUGCCACCGAUAGCAGCUCAGAUGACGAGUUGGAUGAAUAUACCAUUAGAAAAAAUGUGGCAGUUAACGCUAGUACUGAAUGGAAGUGGCUUGUAGACAGAGCACAAGUUGGCAGCCGAUGGACUUGGCUUCAAGCUCAGAUUUCAGAGCUAGAAUACAAAAUCCAGCAACUAACAGAUAUUCACAGGCAUAUUCGUGCCUCCAAGGGGAUAGUGAUCUUAGAAGAAUGUCAGCUGCCAAAAGACAUUUUGAAAAAACAGAUACAAUUUUCAAAUCAAGCAGCUUCAUUAAACACUUCAGUGAAUUCUCAGAUUCCCCAAAGGAGCGAAGAGACCUUGCCAGAGCACGACUUUGAGAUGUCACCCAGCAGCCCUACACUACUUCUUCGAAACAUAGAAAAACAGAGUGCACAGCUGACUGAGAUCAUUAACAGUUUGAUUGCUCCUCUCAACUUGUCUCCAACUUCCUCACCCCUCUCUUCCAAAUCCUGCAGCCACAAAUGUCUAGCUAACGGCAUUUCAAGGAGUGCUUCAGAGAAUUUAGAUGAGCUCUCUUCCUCCAGUAGCUGGUUACUUAAUCAGAAGCACAGUAAGAAAAGGCGAAAAGACAGGACAAGACUGAAAUCUCCAUCCUUGGCUAUCAUGAGUACAGCUGCCCGAACAAGACCCCUUCAGAGUUUCCAUAAAAGAAAACUCUACAGAUUGAGCCCCACUUUUUACUGGACUCCUCAGACUUUACCUUCAAAAGAAGCAUUUUUAAAUGCAACACAGAUGCCUUACAUGGAAUCGCCUUUACAUUCGGACAACUGGGAACAGAGUUCCAAGUCUGAGCUGUUAAGAGAACAUGUUACAAAACUAGAUUCCUCUUUUCAUCCUGUGCUGUCACUGCCAUCAGACAUUCCCCUUCAUUUUCAUUUUGAGACCUUAUUUAAGAAGACCAAUGUAAAAGGAGAGCUUGCUGAAAAUCCAUUUGUAGGUGACUGUAUCAUAGCGCCACCAUCUGUACAAGGGACUUCUCUGACUCAGUGGAGAAAUGGAUAUUCCCCUAUGUGUAAGCCUCAGAUAAGGUCACAGUCAUCUGCACAACUGUUCCAGGGAAGAAAAAAGAGACACUUGAGUGAAACAGCAGUAGCAGGAGAAAGAACUAGAUUUGAAGAAUUUACUUUUCAACGUACAGAACCAGGAUCCCAUUGCGAUUUUACUGCAGCCUCUAAUACCAAUGUUACAUCAAGAACUCAGAAUUCAUCCUCACAAAAUACUCGACGGAGGUUAAGAAGUGAGAGCUCUUACGAUAUAGAUAACAUUGUGAUUCCCAUGUCGUUAGUAGCACCAGCUAAGUUAGAGAAACUCCAGUAUAAAGAAAUACUUACUCCACGCUGGAGGAUGGUUGUUCUUCAGCCUCUUGAUGAACAUAACUUAAGCAAAGAAGAGAUAGAAGAUCUUUCUGAUGAAGUCUUCUCCCUAAGACACAAAAAAUAUGAAGAGAGAGAGCAAGCUAGGUGGUCACUGUGGGAGCAGAGCAAGUGGCAUAGAAGAAAUAACAGAGCUUACAGUAAAAACUUGGAAGGGCAGGACUUGGUUCUGAAGGAAAACCCCAGUGAACUUAGCAGUGCUCAGCAGUGUGCUGCCGAGAGCCCCCGUGAGCUCCCAGCAGAGAACCCCAGUCUGUGUGCUCAGGACUCACUUUCUUUAAAUGAUAGUCAAGAAAUCAAGUCUCUGUGGUGGGAGCGACGAGCCUUCCCGCUGAAGGAUGAGGAUGCAGCAGCCUUAUUGUGCCAAGAUGAGAGAAAGAAUGAGACUGAGGUGGUGAGCACAGCCGUCUGCGACGACGUCUUCUGUAGCACUACACCAGAGAAUGGCCACCCUCCAAGAAUGCAGUUAGAUGGGAUGGAAGAGUAUAAAACCUUUGGUAUAGGAGUUACUAAUGUUAAAAGAAAUAGGUGACAGAGAAUAUAUUAAGAAAACUAUGUAACUGAAAGGAAAAGAGGGAAAAAAACCUAAACCCUCUUGUGGAUCUUCCACUUCCUCUAGUCACGAUUCCAGAAAAGGAGGAUGUGUUGCAUGUAUCCAUCUUCCACUGUUCAUGAACCAGGCCAGAGAAGUUUCUUUCUCCUUCUUGAAUCACAGAAGUAGAUAGCUUUUCACCUACACAGAUGCUAGUAACUUGUGUUUGUCAAUAAUACAGAUCACAAGCACUAAGCUAUUAAUUGCUGCAAUUUGAUGACAAAUCAUACUACGGGGUAAGAGUCCCGGCUUGACAACACAGUUGAUUUGCAUCAAAUGACAACUAUUCUUUGCUUCUACUCUCAUGGCAGUUCACUAAAAUUGCCUCAGUAAUAUAUGAGAAUAUACUAGUGUGUAUACAGAACACACACACACACAUAUACAUACACACACACACAGUCUGGAAACUGCAUGUAUCAACUACUCUAUGCAGUGUAAGUUACCAUGAAUAUUGAGCACAGGUGUUGUGGACUGAAACAGACAUCUGAAAGCUUGGACUACGGAGGGGGAGUUGUUUUUUCUUUUAUUCUAAAAGUUGUUUAACCAAUAUAAGUUAUUUAUAUAAAUUCUUAUAUCAGAUAAUUCAAUAUUCAUUUAUUUGAAAUCAUUGUUUUCUCUUGAACUAACCACAGACUUUCUGCUUACUCCUAACAGAAUUAAGAGAAACAACUUAAGAGUUUAAUAUAUUGAUACAUUUUAAAACUAUUGUCUUUGAAAAUUCAUCCUGUUUUAUUUGCUUUAUGUGCCUCUUCAAGACAGCAAUUUAAAAUGCAAAACAGCAUACAAAUCAUAAUAUGGUUGUAACUCUAGCUCAUGUACAGCUAGAAGCUUUAAAUUUGGUUUCUCUUUGCAAUAGCUUACUCAAAUAUCUACUCUUAAUAGGCUCCUAGAUCAAGAAUUCAAGUUUUUCAAAGACUAAGACUUUAAUAUAGAAUACUGAGGAGUGUACAUUAAAGAAAAUUCUUUCCAGAGAUAUAAUAAUACCAUUUUUUCUAGAUGAAAGUUAAGGACAAUUUGUAUCCACCACUUUUUGUUAUACAAAGAAAAGUGAUUCAAUUUGUAGUUACCAUAGUACUGAAAAUCUGGCCACUGGGGUUAGUGUCUGUGGGAUUAGAUACUGAAGAUUUUGUUGAGGAUCAGAAAUUAAACUGGUCUCUGCAAAAAGGGAGUAGGGGAACCAUUCAAAUUCAAUACUUACAAACUUUUGCUUAUAGUUUUACUGUACAUUUAUUUUUAAAGAAAAAGAUAACAAAAGCCAGAAAAAUACAAGUUGUCCCAGCAAAAAAAAUUUCAAAUCUUUGUCAUGACUGAUAUUAUAAUCUUCUACAUAGUUUUUUAAUUAAAGUUAUUUCUAUA